AUGGCGGGCGCAAUCGCCCUCCCAGAGGACCCGCUCUUCCCGGGGCCCGCUGCGCGUGUCCUGGGGGCUGUCGACGGCAAUGUGCGUCUGUCGCACCUCGAGAAGGAGAUAGAGGCGGUCCGGACGAGACGGAGGAAGGUCGAGGGCGCUCCGGCGGAGUCCUUUAGUAGCGCUGCGAUGCUUGCGCAGGCGCUCCGCCGCGAGGCCGCCGAGCGCGACCCGAAACGCGCCGAGGAGGUCCACCAGCGCGUCAUCCGCGAGGCGCAACGCGCCGAGCGCGCCGUGCUGGACGUCCUGCACCGCCUCACGCCCAGAAGCGCCGCCACGGCAACGCGCUUCAACGCGGCCGCGGAGGCCCACCGGCAGGCGGCGCGGGACGCGCUGCCGGCCUACCUCGCCGAGCUCCAGCAGUGGGAGUCCGACCAGGCGACGCGCGCGUCCGCGACCGCGGGCCUCUCGGCGAUGGAGCACGUACGCCACGUGAGCCAGGCGAAGCGCGCCGCACAGCAGCAGCUGUGGCAGUCCGUCGCCGACCUCCAGGACGCGAUCAACGAGAGCAUGGACGUCGACGCGGGCCUCGCCGCCGGCCAGCAGCAGCUCAACGAGCUCCUGGUGCAAGUUGCAGCCCUCUCGCAACAAACAAGGACCUCGAACGCGCCAUCGACGGUCGCGGAGGUCGCCCAGGCCGUCGCGAGGCUCCAGGCUGCGCGUACGACGGUGCCCGACGCGCAGCCGCCCGCCCGGAAGCCCCCGCACCGGGCGGAGGCGGGGGGGAGUGUCGCGCACAACGCCAGGGCGCCGGACGCGGCGGCGACGCCCCCCGCGGACCAGCGCCCCGCCGCGGCGCCCAGCAGCGGUGGCCCGUCGAGCGGGAGCCGCAGCGGGCCGAGCGAUCGCUACGCCGCGUCGGACGGCAACCUACUAGACGAGUCGAGCAACAGUGUGCGCGAGGGCGAGCACCCCGAGGCGUGCGACUCGCCGCGGAUGCGCGACAGCGACGGCGCCGGACGCCGGGAGUCCGCGGGCAGCGCGGCCGGGGUGUCGGCGGACGGCCUCCCGCCGCUGUGGUCGGGUGCGCGCCCGGCGGGGGGCCCGGCAGCGCACAGCGUCGAGUCGUUGAGCCACAGCGGCGUCGGACGCAUCCAGAUGCAGAUCGAGAGGCAGCUGGCGGGGCACGCGGGCGCCGCCGCGGCGUCCGCGUCCCACAGCGGCCUCCUGUCUGACCUGACAGCGGGCGCCACGCGGGUCGAGGACUCGGCCGCGCGCUCCUCCGCCGUGUCCCUCUCCGUCUCCAAGACCUCGCUCGACAUGUCCUCCGUGCUCCCCGAGGGCGGCCCCGCGCGCGCGCCCGCCGCGCCGCCGGAGGCGCGCUCGCGGACGCCGCAGAGCGCCGCUGCUGCUGCUGCCCUGGCGCAGCCGCCGGACGACAGCGUGCUGGGGUCGGGCGGCGUGGAGGUGGCGCGCCGGCGGAUGCGGAUCGCUUCGGUCGGGCCUGACUCGUCCAGCAAUAGCGGGCACGAAGACGUGAUGCGUGUGUCGGUGGGGAGUGUGGUGGGGGGCGACGCGGACGGGGCGGCGGGGAAGGACGACCUGGAUCGGCAGGCGCGGCAGGUGCGGCGCGCGGCGCGGGACGCGGACGCGGCGGAGCGGGAGGCGGCGGCGGCGCUGGCGGGUGCCGGCGGGGGGAGUGAUGGCGAGGACCCCGGGAUGAGUCAGGAGAGCUGGCCGGAGUCAGUGGACCUGGGGGCCGGCGUGUCGUCGACUGGCGCGUGGGCAGGCGCGGCGGCGAUCAAGGACAGGGACGCGCACGCCGAGGAGAUGCGGCGCCGGCGCGAGGAGGUCCGGCGCGAGCUCGAGGCGGACGCCGCGCGGCAGGAAGCGGAAGCAAUGGGCAUGGCAGAGGCGGUGGUGCAGCCCCGGCGCACGUCCGAGGCGCUCGGCUCGCCGGACUCGGCAGAGGCCCCCAACGCGCGCGAGAGCCUCGGCGCGCACCUCGCAGAGGCGCUGCAGCGGGAGGAGGAGGUUCAGGACGUGCCGGAGUCCCCGGGGGAGGAGGGAGAGGAGGGGGGGAGCGGCGACAGCUUUGCCUUCCCGGAGCGAGGGUCCUCGCCGCCCGAGAACAGGCCCGCGCGCGAACAGAGGUCCCAGGUCGCGCCCGCCGUCGCGAGGGUCGGGGCCGUGGAGCAAGCGGGCACCAUGGGCCGCGUGGGGGGACUCAACCUGACCAUGCCGAAACAACCCCCCGUCCACCGGCGCACCAAGUCGGCCCCGCGCGUCGUCGAAGUCCCGCCGGACCAGUUCGGGAAGCCCGGGUACCCGGCGGUGACGAUCGACCGCUCGCGGCGCUCCAGCCGCGCGCUGGACGCGGACGCCGGCAGCCCGAAGCGCGCCCGGUCCCCGCUGGGCAGCCGGCAGACCUCCAUGUCAGACCUGAAUCGGUCGAUGCAAUCGCAGAGGUCCGCGGGGUCCAGCGCCACCUCGCCCGCGCAGAGCAUCCACGCCGCGUCGCCCACGGGCCGGCACGUGUCGUUCGUCGACUCCCCCCCCGCGGCCGAGCGCUCGGACACCUGGCGCGGCGGCUGGGGCUCCGGCGCGUCCUCGGGAGCGUCGUCCGGGCGGUCGACCGGGGCGAAGGAGCGCCCGAAGAGCGCGUCGACGGUGCCCGCGGCCAGUCUCUUCGGUCUGGCGCGCUCGGGGGGGUUCCUCGGCGAAGGCGGCGCGCUGGGUGCGAAGCAGGUCGGGAUCUCGUGGGGCGCGGGGCUGGCCCAGGAGGCGGACGCGGACGAGUUGGAGAGUGCGCUGUUGGCGGGGUUGGGCGCGGGGCCGCGGGGCGGGGCGGGGCGGGCGCGCGACGACCCGGAGAGCCCGCCGAGCGAAGGGGAGGUGCGGCUGAGCGGCGGGUCGCGGCCGUCGUCGGGGGCGGUGGGGUCUGGGCCACGGCGCAACCUGGGGGGGGGUAUGCCGCCGAAGACGACGUCGGACGUGUUCGCACGCGAGGGAGUGCGGAUGGGGAAGGUGCAGGGGAUCGUGUCGGCGGCGGUCGGGCAGCAGCGCGGCGCGGCGGGCGCGCGGGCGACGUCGGCGGCGGCCGGCGCGAGUGCGGCGCGGGGCGGGCGCGGGAUGGGGAUGGGGCUGGGGACGGGGGAGAUGGGCAGCGAUGCGCUGGGCCUCGACGACGGCGACGAGUUCGACUUCUGA